CUCGAUUUAGAUAAUCAACAUAAUGCCGGCACCUUAUAAUUUGAGCGGAAGAACUGCAAUCGUCACGGGUUCGUCAACAGGUAACGGUAGAGCGAUUGCAAUCUCUUUGGCAGAAGCCGGCGUAAACAUCGUUGGUGUUGAUUUGCUCCCUGGACCGGUAAAUGGUACGGUUAAGCACGAAGCCCCUACAUUAGAUCUAGUUCGGGAAGCAUACAACGUACAGUCUGCGUUUGUUCAAGGUGAUGUUUCAAAGGAAGAUACUUGGGAAUCUGCCGUUGCUGCUGCCCUGGCUAUCAAUGGGCGAAUUGAUAUCUUGGUAAAUAACGCAGGUAUUUUAGGCAAAGUUGGACCUCUUCACGAAUGCAGUCUGGCACAAUGGAACUUGAUUAUGAAUAUCAACCUUACUGCAGUCUUUUUGGGUGUAAAAGCUGUUAUGCCAACAAUGCUUGCUCAAAAAGCACGUGAAGGAAGUACCAGAGGAACGAUCAUUACAAUUUCAUCAAAUGCAGCCCAUCAUGGAGCACCAGAUAAAGCUCCUUAUUGCACCACAAAAGGAGCUCUCGUUGCUCUUAAUAGGUCACUCGCAGUUGAUUAUGGCCGAGAUGGAAUCAAGUGUAUUACAGUAUCUCCCGGUAUUAUUGCAACAGCUUUGAAUGCAAAGGAACUCUCCGAUCCUACAAAGUGUAUCAAUUAUAGGGCCCAAACUCCUUGGCCACGCUUUGGUAGAGUUGAAGAGGUCGGAUCGGCAGUUUUAUUCCUUUGUUCAGACGCAUCGGAUUAUUGCAACGGCACAGAUUUCGCCAUGGAUGCUGGUUACAUUGUAGCGUAAGAAAACAGGAAUCAUAUUCUUUCUCAUUCAUAACUUCCUUCAUGUACCCAGCUUCUAU